AUGAAGUUUCUAUGCUUACCCGGGGGCUUUUGCACUGCAAAGGCUUUCCAAACUCAACUCGGGCCAUUCUGCGACGCUCUGAAGUCAACUGGAGACGCUAGUUUUUUCUUCACACAGGGAACGAAUCGAGUUCACUUGCCACAGGAAUAUGGGGGGUUUUUCGGGCCACCACCCCAUUAUACCUUCUUGGAAGUCGAUAACCCGGAAUCCAUCAAGUUCAAUCUAUGCGACUUCCCUAAGCGCAACACCCCGGAGGCAUCAAUGAGAUCCGCUUUAGACAUGGCCAAUCAGCCCACCUUCUCCAGCAUUCGGGCCGCCUUGGAGCGAUUGAUUGACAUUUUAGACAGUGAGGGUGAUAUCGAGGGGAUCAUCGGCUAUUCCGAGGGUGCCAAGGUAGCCGCCUCGUUGCUCAUGGAAGAAGAAAAGAGACGAAAAGCGACUGGUCGGAUACCUCGCCUCAAAUACGCCAUCUUCGUCUGCGGAUGGCCGCCAAUGGACACGGUUACCGGUGCGCAUCUGCUCAUUGAUGAUAUCGCCGACGAUGAGAUUAUCAACAUUCCCACAUGCCACGUUGUGGGUGCCGCCGACCCGUUCAUCGAUGCGUCAAUGGCGUUGUACAAUAUGUGCGAUCCCGACACCGCAGAUCUCUUCGAUCACGGCGGCGGUCAUGUCGUUCCCCGGGGAAAGCGAGCGGUCGAUGAUCUGGCAGUUAUUGUCCGAGGUAUUAUCGAGUCUAUCACAGUCUAA